CUGAUAUGUCAUGACCAGCUGUGCUCCUACCGUUGAUGCGGUUGGUCUUAUCCAUGUUCCCUCACAGCCAUGGCAUCAUGCUGUUGGUGCUGGACCAUUCGGCAGCACUGAUAUGUCAUGACCAGCUGUGCUCCUACCGUUGAUGCGGUUGGUCUUAUCCAUGUACUCCUGGGGUUGUUACCAACCCCUCGGCUGUGGUUACAGGCAGGAUCUCGGGGAGUGGCCCUCGCGAAAUUCCAAACCUCCUCCCUCCUCAUUUGAGGUUUCCGGAGGCCGAUAGUCAUUAAACAACCUUUAUCACCUCAAGUUGAAGUACAAAUCCCUGUAUCAGAAGGCUUAAUGGGAGACUUUACCUCAAUGAGAAUGUCUUUUGGAAGCUUGUUUUACCAUGUUGGCAAGAUUAUUAAGCAGAAGUCUCCUCCUUUAGAAGAAAUAAAAGAAUACCUUUCUUGCUGUAGCAAUGUUCUUCGACUAAAAGCAGAACAAUGCAGCAAUCUUUCUAGUGUCUUGCAUCUAAUUCAAAAUGAGUGUUCACUGACUAAUAUUGAACUUCUUCAUAGUGUAGUGGAAGAAAUGAAGGUCACAGAUGCUACAAGAUAUAAUGAGACAUAUAGAACUCAGUUAAAGGAAUUCUGCAAGUCACUCUCUAUCAGCCUUUGUCUGAAGAAAAGGUUUUCUUCCAUAUCCCAUCUUCAAUGUGAAACAGUCACACUUGUAUUUGAUUGGGAGCCUGAGGAACAUGUUCUCAAAGAUAUCAAGGAGCUCCUUGCAAAAGUGUCUGGUAAACUUCUUAAGAUUGAGUAUAUGGAGCCUCACAAAUCAAUAUCUGUCACUUGUUCCUUUCCUUUCUCUAAUGUUGGGUUUACUGUAUUGAGUAUGAUAGAGAAUAUUCAUAUACUAAUGGGACAAGGAUUAAAGAAACUGACUAUUGGUAACUUAACAUUAUGGAGGAGACAAGAUGUUAGACAAAAGGAACCAAAAGAAAAGGAUGAUGACCUACUACAUACUGAAGUUAUUUCUUAUAUUGUACUUGAAGAAGCUGAAUAUAAACUAAGAGAUGCUAUCAGUAGCAAAGAGAAGGACACAAUUGAAUUGAAACAAAAAAUAUCAAUGGCUCAAGUGCAUGUACCUGAGGAAGAAUUAAUGUCUGUUCAAAGUGAUACUCAAUCAAUUGAAGAAGAGCCACUUGAUAAAGAGUUGACUGUAUUGAGCUGUCAGUUUAAUGAAAUAAUACAAGAAAACAAAGAAUUAUCUGACCAAUUAUCAAAAAUGAAGGUUGAUUAUUUGAGAUCACUCUCUAGUAACACGGAUUCAGCUGCUAGCAAAGUGAGAAGAGGAAUGGCUCUUGAAGUUGAUGACUGCAAAUUUCACCUCCAAGCAAUGACAAGUCCAGACUAUCAGCCAUUAGUACAUAAUAAAAGGAUAAUAGAGAAUUUACAAGAAAAAAUAGCAUUAAUGAAUACGGAACUGAUUAUGGAAAGAAAACGCAAUGAGAAGACUAUAAAAGAUACUAAAGAUUUGAAAGAGACUGAGCAUAAAAGACAAAGAGAAAAGAAGCCUAAAGUGGAAAAAGAAAUGUGUAACUACAAACUAUCCUGUAAUCAUCCUAUUACUGGUAAAUUAAUGAAUGCAGUGCUGGAAACGCAUAAAGAAGAAUUACUAUCCAUAGUACUGGAUAAAGCUUAUGAGUUAAUGGAAUUAGCUCCUCAUAUUCCUAUUGAGAGAUGUCGUUUAGUUAAGUAUAAUUAUAUUAAAGAAGUUAUGGAUCAGUCCUUUGAUCUUGAAGAGUUUCAACAUCAAACUAUUGGGCAGCUUAUUGGCAGGGCUGGAGUUCAUAAUUUCUUUGGAUUAUUUUUAGAAAUUUGUAAAGAAAACAAAACUUUUAAAAAAUACAAUGAUGGAGGCAUUAAUUUAUUGAUAUUGGUUGUGGAUCUGUCAACUGGUGAAGUAAGACAAGCUGAAACAAUGAGAGCAGAGAUAGGUUGGACUGUUGGAGAAUUAAAACAAUAUAUAGGAGAACUAUUUAAUCUCAAUUCAUCAUGUAUGAGAUUAGUAUUGGAGGAGGAAUACAUGGGUGAUACCUCAGUUCAAGAUAUUAGAUAUGAAGAUGGUUCUUUAUUAAAAACUAAACUCUAUAGAGAAGACAUAUAUGGUAUAUAUAAACAAUGCAAAAAGAUUUAUGUAUCAUCAAAUCCCGAAGAUUAUCAAAAAGAAUACAAAGAUAGCUUGAUGUACAGAUAUAUUGAUGUUCACAUCAACUCAAUACUACUGGACAUUACAAUACCUCCUGAACCUGAAGCCACUUCCACUACAACUAAUACAUGUAGAGAUAAUGAAGUAAUGAAAAUUAUAUCAGCAAAUGAAGAAAAGAAAGGAAAAGAACGAAUUAUACAAGUAAAAGUUGGUAUAAUAACAUUAGCUCAACUAAAGGAGGCACUAGUCCCACUGAUUGGUGUACCACCUGUUGGUUUCAGAGUGUAUGGAAUCAGAUAUAAUGAAGAAUAUGAAAUGGAGAAUCUGGAUGGGUCAUUUAAGGAUAUCAAAUCUGGAUCAAAGUUAAUAGUAAGACUAGGUAGAGCAUUACAUUAUGGAGAGUGCAGAAUUGAAUUAUAUUUAUUACAAGUUAACAAUACAGAGUUUUGCAAAUAUAUGAUGGAAUCUGUUGUUACAGAAGGUAUACCAGUGGGAAAAUUUAAGAAACAAAUUAUUAAAGAAGCAGAAGUACAAGGAAUUGAUGGUGUCCUUGAAUUUGACAAGAUGAGAUUACGUAAGAAGAAUAGAAUAUCUCCUGGUAUGGUAUAUCUUGAUCAUCGGUUGAUUACUACUAAUAGGGAGUUGUAUGUGGAAACAUUAAAAGGGUCAGAGAAGAAGAAGCGUGAAGGACUGGUUCAGGUGUAUGUUAUAAGAUGGCGUCCAUCACAAUGUUCAGUUGAUCCAAUAGAAGAAAUUAUACUGGACAGUGAUGACCCUAAGCAUAUCAUUGAAAAGUUGUCAGAGUUGAGUGAAUCGAAAAUUCCAGUUUAUCAUCUCUUUUAUGCAAUGGAAAUAUCAUUUCCAGUUAAAAUAUCAUGUCUUAAUUUUGAGAAUAAGUUAAAAUGGAAUUCCAUCGACUCAUUCAUAUACUCACGACUAUAUGAUGAUGGAUGCGUCAUAUAUUACAAAGACAAUAGAGAGAAAAUGAAAGAGUUAACAGAUAAAGAGAGAUCAGAAAUACAAGAUGCAGAGGAAGCAAGGUUGCUGAGGAUUAGGGAAUUUGAAUCACAGCAUACCCAAAAAUAUUGCUUCUGACUGAGAUACAUUAGUUCAAGGUUUUUUAUUUAUGUAUUGCAAUUUUACUGAAUUAAUCAAUAGUUAUAAGAGCUUUUCUAAAUACACUUUAUUUAUGUAAUGUAAUUUUGCUUUGUCC